AUGGAUUCGUAUUCAGGGAGGCCCCGUGGAGGGGUGCCUCCUUCUCGAGGAGCAGCAGCAGAGGGUACUCUGAAAGUGCGUGUGGGGCGUUUGCUGCUGAGGAGACAGCGCAGCACUCCUGCUGCAGCAUAUGCAAGCACGUGGCAGGUAUUAGGGCUUGUAAGGAAUGAAGAGUUAUCGUUUGCUGCAGCAGCAGCAGCAAAAGAUUGUUGUUUUGUUUUGCUGUAUGCUGUUGAGCUUGCUCGAGAUGGGACAGCAACAGCAGCAGCAACAACAACAACAGCAACAACAACAACAACAACAACAGCAACAGCAGCAGCAGCAGCAGCAGCAGCAGCAGCAGCAGCAGAGACCGUUCGUAUCCUUGCUGUUAGGCCCCCAUUAAAGCACUGCCCUUCUCCUCUAGAGCAGCAGAGAGUUACAGCUAGCUUGCGAGACUUCUUACAAGGGCAGCUGAUUGCUUCUCCUUUCAUGCGGCACUUCAUCUUAGUCUUCAAACCGCGGCACUUCUUCAUUCAUAAAAAGAAGCAUCAUGCAAUACUCGGCUUAGGGCAGUACGUAGCUCUUAUGAACGGGGCAACGCAGGUGAACGGUUUAACUCCUUUAGAAGUACGUCUUGCUGAUUGUCUUGAAGGAGACAGUUGUUAUAAAGGAGACAGUACAAUAAAAGGAGACAGCAGUUUGCUGCAGGAAGGAGACAGCGCAGCAAGACUAUUCUCGGCUGUACAGAGAGGGCCCCCACAUCGCUGCUGUCCUAACAGCACUUCAAGGCUAUCUAGAGCAGGAGAUGCUUCUCAUCAUAUGCUGCAGCAGCACAACCAUCUGCAGCACCCAUCUACCCCAGCUGCUGCUGCUGCUGCAGCUGCUGCUGCAGCAGCAGCUGCUGCUGCUGCUGCGCAGCCGGCUGCUGCAGCAACACACAACAGCAACACGCCGCACUCUGAAGAUGAACUCGAUGAACAACAGCAGCAACAGCAGCAACAGCAGCGGCAGCAGCAACUGCAACUUCAGCUCCAGCUGCAGCAGCAGCAGCAGCAACAGCAGCAACAACAGACCCCGCGGAUUGCAAACCUCAGGCGCAGCUACACGGGCUCAGCUGCUGCCUCUGGCAGGGAUUAA